AUGGAGCCUGUGGUGAGCUCUACGCAUGGCACCUUGGCUCCAUUGGUGGCCAAGCUCACCGCCUUGCUCGCCGACGAGUGUGGCCGCCUGAAAGGGGUCCGCCGCGAGAUCCGCUCCCUGAGAUCUGAGCUGACUAGCAUGCAUGCUGCGCUCAAAGAGUACACCAAGCAAGAAGAUCCAAGUGACCAAGUGAAGGCAUGGAUAUCACUAGUGAGGGAGUUGGCAUACGACAUCGAGGAUGUCUUUGACAAGUUCAUCAAGCGCAUCGGCAAAGACAACCAUCAUGGUGGCUUCAAGGAUUUCUUCCGCAAGACCGCUCGUCGCCUGAAGACGCUUGGGUCUCGGCGUGGAAUCGCCAACCAAAUUGAUGACCUCAAGGCUCGCAUCAGGCAAGUGAAAGAGCUCAAGAAUAGUUACAAGCUUGAUGAUGCUCCUUGCAGCACCUCUAGCCAUGCGGCCGUGGAUCCCCGGCUGCAUGCACUUUUUGCUGAGGAGGCGCACCUUGUGGGUGUGGAUGGUCCAAGAGAUGACCUUGCCAAUUGGUUAGUGAAAGAAGAAAAUUCCUCCAACAAGCAUCGCAGGGUGUUGUCUAUUGUUGGGUUUGGUGGAUUGGGAAAGACCACACUGGCAGAUCAAGUCUAUCGCAAGAUACAUGGACACUUUCAUUGUCGGGCUUUCGUGUCAGUCUCACAACAGCCAGAUAUAAAGAAAAUUGUGAAGGAUGUGAUCUCUCAAGUAUCUUGCCAAGAUAAAUCCAAACAAGAUAUCAGUGAGUGGGACGAAAAGAAGUCUAUUGCAAAACUAAGAGAACUGCUACAAGAUAAGAGGUACCUUAUCAUCAUUGAUGAUAUAUGGUCUAAGCCGGCAUGGGAUGCUAUCAAAUGUGCUUUUCCAGAGAAUAGUCAUUCUAGCAGAAUUAUAGUUACUACACGAAUUGUUGAUGUAGCAAGGCUGUGUUCCCCUGGGAGUGAUGACCGCAUGUAUGAAAUGGAAGUCCUAAGUGAUAUUCACUCUAGAAGGUUGUUUUUCAAAAGAAUUUUUGGCUCUGAGGAAAGCUGCCCUCCUAUGCUAAAAGAAAUUUCAAAUGAAAUCCUGAAAAAAUGUGGAGGCCUACCAUUAGCAAUUAUCAGCAUAUCAAGUUUAUUGUCAAGCAGAACUGCUGUAAAAGAGGAGUGGGAGAAGAUCAAAAGGUCAAUUGGUUUUGCACUAGAGAAAAACCAGAGCCUAGAGACAAUGAGUACCAUACUAUCCCUUAGCUACAAUCAUCUUCCACCUAAUCUCAAGACUUGUCUGUUAUAUUUGAGCAUAUUUCCCGAGGACUACAUCAUAGAGAGAGAAAGGUUAGUGAGGCUAUGGAUCGCAGAAGGCUUUAUUUCUGAAGAGUGUGGACAGAGCCAACAAGAGGUCGCCGAGAGCUAUUUUUAUGAGCUUAUCAAUAAAAGCAUGGUCCAACCGGUGGGCAUUGGCUAUGAUGGUAAGGCACGUGCUUGUCGGGUUCAUGACAUGAUGCUAGAAAUUAUUGUUGCAAAAUCUGCUAAAGAUAAUUUUGUUACGGUGGUAGGCGGUGGUCAAACGAGUUUGGCAAAUCAUCAAGGUUUCAUUCGGCGACUGUCAGUGCAGUACAUUGACCAGGAGCUUGCAUCUGCAUUGGCGAGUGAAGAUCUAAGGCAUGUUCGAUCUCUAACAGUGACAAUAACUAGUGGCAUCGAACGCUUGCCUAGUCUGGUUGAAUUUGAAGCUUUACGAGUGGUGGACUUUGCAGAUUGUGAGGGCUUGGGGCAGUAUAUUAUGAAUGGCAUGGAGAAAUUGAUCCAGUUAAGGUACCUCAGACUUAGGGGCAGGGGCAUAUCAAAGCUACCAUCAGGGAUUGUGAUGCUAGGCGACCUAGAGACCCUAGAUAUUCAGUACACAGCUGUGCAAGAGUUGCCAGAUAAAAUUGUUCAGCUGACUAAACUACAACACCUAAUCACCGCCGGUGGCACAAAGAUACCAGAUGGAAUUGGGAAUAUGAUGAGCUUAAGGGUGGUCACAGGCUUUAAUAUUACCGGGAGUUCUACGCAUGCUGUGGAGGGUCUUAGGAACUUGACAAGUUUGGAUGAACUCAAUGUAGAUCUUGAUAGUGGAAAAUCUGAUGAGUACAAGAGCCAUGAAGAGAUGUUACUUUCCUCACUGCGUAAACUUGGCAGGUGCAAGCUCCAGUAUUUACAGAUAACUAGGAUCGAUGGUUCCCUCGAGUUCUUAGAAUCUUGGUUCCCUCUGCCAUAUUCCCUUCAGAAAUUCCACAUGUCCAGCAGCUACUGUUUUACGGAUGUUCCAAAGUGGAUUGCACCAGCACUCACCAGCCUUUCUUACCUGGAUAUCAAUUUAACUGAAUUAACAGAGGAGGGUCUGCACACUCUUGGGGAGCUCUCAGCCUUACUUUGCCUAAAACUAUGCUGGGAAAAAGACCCAGAAGAAAGGCUUACAAUUCAAGGCACUGGAUUCCCAUGUCUGAAGGAGUUUGUGCUAUCUGAUGGGGCAUACGUUACAUUCAUGGAAGGCGCGAUGCCCAAGCUUGAGAACCUUAGGCUGUCAGUCGCUGUGUCAGUGGCAAAAACUUGUGGCUUCUAUUUAGGCAUUGAGCAUCUCACAUGUCUCAAACAAGCAAGGAUAUGGCUUGAUAACGAAGAUGUGACAACUUCAGAAAGCAAGGCUGCAGCUGCUGCGGUCACUAAAGAAGCAGGUGCUCAUCCGAACCGUCCUAUAGUUACUAUUGAGGGAAGAUGGUAUGAAGAGGCCGCAGCCAGCCAUGAAGAAAAGAACAAUGAGGAUGGCGACAACUAG